UCAGUUGGACUAGCUAUGAUUCUCAUUAUUAUUGCUCUACUUUUCACCAACAUCGCUUUCGUAUAUGGCGAAAAUUUGGUGAUAAUGUCUAUUCUAACUAAUGACGGAUUUUUGUUGCCAGCUAUGGUUUUGGCCCAUCGCCUAAAAACUCUGAACAUGUCUGUGCCGUAUAUCUUACUGGUAACGGAGAAUGUCAGCAGUGAAAGCAUUGCUGAGCUGGAAUCUCACAAUAUCACUGUUCAUCACACAUCAUUUUUCACAGUUCCACAUGCUAAAAAGGAGGCUAAAUAUCAUUACACGAAACUCCGAUUAUGGUCAAUGACUGAGUAUGACGUCAUUAUGUACCUUGACUUGGACGUUUUGCCUAUGCGAGAUUUAACGCCAUUUUUCCAAUGUGGCUCAUUUUGUGCAACAUUUCGUCAUUCGGACAAGUUCAAUGCUGGGUUGUUGGUCUUGAAGUCAAAUAUUACGGUCUAUAACGAUUUGGUGGCCAAAGCUCCCGAGCUAGCCACAUAUGACGGUGGAGAUCAGGGCUUUAUGAAUUCCUACUUUGAUCAGUUAAAGUUUGCCCCUAUGUUUGACCACGAGCACCCAAAUAAUCAGCGAUACCAAUCUGAUCAGAGGAGGCUCACGGCCGCUUUCAACUACGAUAUCGCAAUGUACUACGUUCAAGGAGGAAGGAAACUUGUGGAGCCGAUUAUUUAUCACUACACAAUGGGCCCAGUGAAACCAUGGAUUUGGUGGACAUAUCCGCUUUUUGAUCUGAAUGAGCACUGGCAUAAUGCCAGAGGGGAAAUGGAAGAAUACUACGACGCCCAUCCAGACGAACAGUUGAUCACAUUAGCAACCUUAGUGCUUAUAGGCGCUCUGAUCUUCAGAAAACUGAUCCUGGUUGUCGUUGGAGAUCGCUGCAUAACUUACCCUUUCACAUCAUUCGAGGAUUGUACAGCUCAUUUUUUUGUAGUAUGGAUAUCGGCAUUGGUAUCUUUUUACCUAGUACCGUAUACCGCUCGUCCAUUUGCAUCUUGGAUUUAUUUCAUUACGAUUACGAAUAUUCACAUCAUCUAUCUUAGCGAUAUGGUUGUGCGAAUACGGAUAGGCACAUGUUCAGCCAGCUACUGCUCUUGGGCUCUAGCCUUCACGUUAAAUUCACUAGCAACAUUGAUCUUAUUGUUAUUGCUCACUGCCACGCCCCGUUUUGGCACUAGAGCAGUUUUAGCGAUUGUUUCUAUGAUCUCAUUGCUCAUCUUCAUCUUACCACUAACUUGCAAAAAGGUGCUCAUAGGUGGUUGUGAGGAUCAUUCACGAUAUUUACCACUAAAUUCAAAGAAAAGCUAUAUUCAUUAA